AUUAGAAAUGGAAAACAAUUUGAACGAAGAAGAAGGUGAAUUGGUAGUAUCUGCACCUGGAAAGGCAAUACUCCACGGCGAGCAUGCUGUAGUUUAUGGCAAGAGGGCCAUUGCUGCCAGUGUAGAUUUACGAUGUUACCUGAGGCUUCGCGAGGUCGCGGCUCCCACGGUGGAACUAAAUGUCCGCGACCUAGAUAUUCACGCAAAGUGGUCUCUUGAUGAAGUUCGUGAUCUUUCCUCUGUGUGUGAAUCGGACGCUUCUUCAAGGCAAUCUGAGGCAUGCGACGCACGCUUGCACGACUUGAGUUCACGAGUGGGUGGCGACGACAGCGUCAAAGUCCUUGCAGCGAAGACAUUCCUCUUUCUUGCUGGUGCAAUCUGCUUCAAGCGAUCCUGCACGACUGGCAUUGAUGUUCAAGUUACCUCCAGUUUGCCGUUCGCAUCGGGAUUGGGGUCAUCGGCGUCAUAUUCCGUAUGUUUAGCCGCUGCUUUCUUGUUGCGUAAUGGCGAGAUCAAGCCAGAAUCACUCAAGCGAGGCAAGGAAGGUGACCAUCAUGAACAACUUGAGCGCCUUGGACUGCAGUCCAGCAGCAAAUAUCUCGCCACUUCCUUCUCGCAGGACGAUCUGGACUUGGUGAGGAGAUGGUCGUUUCAAGGAGAGCGCAUUAUCCACGGCACGCCGUCUGGUAUCGACAAUGCUGUCGCCACAUUUGGAGGUGCUCUUGAGUUCUGCCGUGCUCCUGGUGGCGAUCACAUCCGUACCAUCGAGAGUCCGCCCAUUUUGACUGUGCUGCUGACGAAUACCAAGGUUCCAAGAAGCACCAAAGUGCUGGUGGCUGGUGUUCGUUCCUGGCUGGAAGAGAUGCCUGCUGUAGCCAAGCCGAUCAUGGAUGCAGUCGAUGGAAUAUCUGAACAGUGUUGCAAGUACUGGGAUGACCUGGAAGGUGCGGAUGUGAAAGAAAAGGAGGUUAUCUUCUCGCAUCUUGGUCGCCUCGUCGAUGCCAACCAGUCGCUUCUGAGUGUGAUGGGAGUCAGUCACCCAGCCAUUGAAACCGUCUGUCAGAUUUCCGCUGCAUGUGGCCUGCACAGUAAACUCACAGGUGCUGGUGGAGGCGGCUGUGUCAUCACGUUCUUCACCCAAGAAGAUCAAGAGAACGGGAAGGUUGCGGACGUUAAGACCAAGCUGGAGUCCAGCGGCUUUGACGUCUACAAUACUGUUCUCGGCGGCCCUGGCGUGGCCCUUCACCAACUGGACAAUGCAUAGACACAGCACACUCUGCUAUGAUUUAGGAUUAGGACCGUCUUUUUUUUUAAAUUAUAGUGUAUGUACUCAGUGAUGUGAAACAACUCUUUCAAUGUUCUUAUAGUACUUUUAUUUUCAAUCUUUUGUGGAACAGUAUUUAAAAGGAGUAGUAUCUGAGGAGUGCGAGGCCCACCAUGAAAUACCAGCAAUGAUGUGAUGUGACUCUUUCAGUGCUUGUUUUUUUAUGGUGCUUUUACUUUUCAAUCUUUCAUGGAACAGUAUAAAAGUAGUAUGCUAGGAGUGCAGAGGCACAUCAUAAAAUACCAGUAUAGAAACCACAGUAGGAUGUGGAAGAAAGAGUUCAAAAUAACAAUAGAAAAGCUAUUGGCCAAGAUGUGUAGAAAUAAAGACUGGUGAUGGAAUUGUUCUAUGAGGGACAAGAAAGCCGAAUAAAAACCUUUAAAAACUCUUUUGUCAGGAAGAAGUCUAACAGUUGUCAAAGGCAAGACAGAAAAUAGCAUGGGGCGCUACAGAGUGCUUUAGAGUAUGAUUUUUCCAAGCUUCAAAGUUAUAUAUUAUGCGCAU